AUGAUCUUCUCCAACGUCAUUGCGCUUGCUGCGCUUGGUCUCGGUGCUUCACUGGCCUCGGGGCACAGCAUCGAGGUGUUAGGAACCGCUCCACUAGCCCCAGGGCGCAGCAUCGAGGUGUUGGAAACACGACAAGAUGCGCAACCAGCACAGAACGUCACCGUUGACGAUUGUUCCUUCUUUUCCGAAGACGGCAUCUUGCCAGAAUGCUGGCAGGUUCUCGAAAUGAACAACCACCUGAAUCACUGGUGGUCCAACAACUCUGCGAGGUGCGAGGCUUCGAAGAAGGGCUUUGCCCAGUGUUACCUGGACUCCGCCGGUCUCAUUUCAUGGCAAUGCGACUUUGUGGCUCUCAACGCAUGCACUCCGCCUCCCAGCGGGCGCGACGCUGGAUAUGCCUCGUAUCAAGAGUUUUAUGUCAUCUGGAACAUCUAUUCCAUCAACCUCUUCUGGACCAACUACCAUCAGUCGCUACUUCAAGGACAGGCAAGUGCCAUUGGUUCAGUGGCUGAGAUCGUAAAGACUGUCGCGCCGCCAACGACGAAAAAUCCCAAAACACCGCUUUUCUCUCCGAUAUAUCUGGUCAGCAUCGGUCAGUUCGCGGCGUUGGCUCCUCUCCUCGGUGGAUCGAUCGGAGCAAGCAUGAUCUUCGCCUCCCUGAUCGGUGUUCUGGGUGGCGGAUCUGGUCUUUUCAAUCUGCUGUUCCCUCAGAAGACGGUGUACGAUGUGCCCUGGGAGGGCUUGUCCGAUGCCCUGGGGACGAACGUCAACGAAUUUCAGAAGAAUGUCGGAGCAGCUUUGACUGAAAUCCAGACAAACUUUGACACAUUCUAUGCGCUUACCUCGAACGGUGGCUUCAGCCAGAGGCUCAAGACGAACUUACCAGAAGACACCGAUUUCAUGUACCACAACCUCAAGAAAUGGGUAUUCAACCAGGCUCUGCAGCAAGCAGGCUACUUCGCCGUCAAGAAUCCCGGUGUCGACCCGCGGGAAAUUCCUAUUGACCCGUAUGAUUGCUCCAAGUUGGACGACAAGAUGACGUGCGGCCCAAUCUGGUUCGACGGUAAAGACUCAUACGGCCUCGCGAAAGCAAACGAUAUUGGCAUGGAUCGCAUGAAGGAGAUCCUCGACGUAGCGUUUUCCAAAAACUGGACGACGCCGAGCGAGCUCUACAUCGACGCUCAGUCGUGUCGUGGGAAAAACGGGUCUGAGGCGUUUGAUGUAAAAGACCUGACGCUGAGCUGCGUGUCUAACCUGCCUGUCUGCGAGUUCAACUUCGAUUACAAUCCGUAUGAGACUACCUGGGCCCGCGUAAACCCACCGCAGUUCACCAACUGUCCCAACAUGAGGGGUUGGGGAGUUCCUCCUUACUGGAGUAAUGAUGCCGGAGUGCCACUGACCUAUAUUGGUCCUUUCUUGAUGUCUGGCGUGAUUUAUAAUGAGAAGAGCGGAUGA